CCAUAUACCACACGCACUUCCCACCCCCACCCACUUGCAAAGCUCCACCAGACUCCACAGACACAUUGAGAGAGAAAGAGAGAGAGAGAGAGAGAAAAGACCGGAAUGUCGUCAAUUAGCGCCACCGCCACUUCCGUCACCGGCACCGGUACCGGUACUGAUAACAUCAGCAGCAACCGCAGCGGUAGACAAACCUAUUGGUGUCACGAGUGCGACAUGAGCGUCUCUCUCUUCUUCUCUCCACCUCUCAUCUGCCCUCAUUGCCAUGGUGAUUUCAUCGAAGAAAUGGAAUCCCCUAUUACUACUUCUCACUUUACCCACUUCUCCUCCUCUAACCCUAAUACCCAUAACAACACUCAACUCCCUCCUCACCUUGAUCCCUUCCCAAUCCUCUCCCCUCCUGAACCCCUUCUCACCCUUUCUAACGAAGACGAUCCCGAUACCGAUGAUGACAACUUCCAAAUCCCAGAAGCUAUUCGUGUUGCAGCUUCUGACUCAUCCGAUGAUCUCCUCCGUGAUGGCCCUUACCUUGACCGACUCAUCCAACACCUCGCCGAUCCAGACGACGACAGCUUCGCUCGUUACCAUCAUCCUGCUUCUACUCCGGCGUCUAAGUCUUCUGUUGAGUCCAUACCCACUGUCAAAAUCACGAGCUCAUUAUUGGCUGUUGAUACUCUCCUCUGUGCAGUCUGCAAGGACGAGUUCGUGGUCGAUGUGGAGGCCAAGCAGCUUCCUUGCAAGCAUCUUUAUCACUGCGAUUGCAUUCUCCCGUGGUUGUCGCAGCACAAUUCUUGCCCCGUCUGUCGCUUUCGUCUUCCCACGGAGGAGCCCGAGCAGCGUAGCCGUAGCAGACACACUAGAGCGGCUAGGGUUGCUGUGAGGUUUGGGAAUUUUAUGGAGGAUGAAGAUUUCUAUGGGAUUGGGAAUACGUUGAGGCAUAUUGCUAGAAGGCACAGGCUUGUGUUUCCCGUGAGGUCGACUGCUGCUACUGCGGAUUCCACUCAGAUGGCGCAAGCUGAGACGAGCUCUGCGGGACCUGCAAAUAGUGGGGAGACAGUUUCCAGCUGGCCCGUUGAGGGAGGGAGUGGGACCCUUCUGCGUGGUGGUGGAGGUGUGAGCGACAGUGCCACCAGGCGGGAUGAUGAUGGCGAUACUGUAAUGUCUGAAAUUAGGGCUUUCUUCGAUUGAGUUCCGGCUAUUCCUUUUGUGAUUCUAGUUUUGCAAACGCAAGUUUAAGAACAGUAAAUUGUCAGAAGGGAGGUACUCGUGACGUCUCUACCGAAAUUUGGUUAAAGUAAUCUGCUCCGGAACGUCUUGGAUGUACAUGUGUGUUUCUUGUGCUUUAUAUUUUCUUUUCUUUUUUAUCUUUUGCCUUUCUGUAUCUUUUUUAUGUUCCCCUCUUCCACCGGUCACAUUUCUAUUUGGGUGAGAUGGAAUCCAUCCCUCAGCAAUCUGGUUCUGUGGAAUGUACAUUAAAUUUGCUUCCAUUCUUUGAAAUUUGAAAUAAUAAUAAAUAGAAGGUGAAGCUGCUUUAUUUUUGCC